UACCCAUCAUGCACUGGGGCAGAGCAGGUCCAGGUGAGCGUGUGAUAAGAUAAAGGGUCGACGCGUGAGCUGCCAGAUCGUCUGAAGCUGCAGCGUUGUGUGAAGUUUCACCUCUGGACAAAAGUCGUCGACGUUGUCUCGACAGUGAAGAUGAAGUCUGUGAUUCUACUCAUGGUUGCCAUGGUGACUCUGACCAGAGCUGAGGAGCUGAAGACUGACGUUAUCAAAGAAAAACCUGGAAACAAAACUGCACCGUCGGCUCAACAAAGGGAAAUUUUGUCCCCCGAGGAGAUCAACGUUCUUUCCACUGGUUGGACGAACCUCGACCGGCGCCGUUUUCUUGUCGUCCCGUUUCCGAUGACCUGGGCCAACGCUGAGAGGAACUGUCAGUUACUGGGUGGAAACCUCGCCUCCAUUCACAGCGUCACUGAAUACAGGAGGGUUCAGCAGUUGAUCCUGACAGUCACCGGCUUGUUUCCUCACACGUGGCUCGGAGGCUCUGACGCACAACAGGAAGGAACCUGGUUCUGGAGCGACGGCUCCCUUUUCAGGUUCAACCACUGGUGUCCAGGACAACCUGACAACUACAUGUCCUCACACUGUCUGGUCAUGAACUUCGGAGAUGAGAAGAAAUUUGACGACCAGCUUUGUCUCAACGAGAGAAUUUCCGUCUGCUCCAGAGACUGAUGUGUGAGUGGAGAAGACGUCGUCCAGUGACGGUGGACGCGUUUGUGUCUUCAUCAUCGUCAUCAUCAGCAGCAGUACGAUCUUUUUAACACACGUUAAAAAACAAAUAAAAAGACUAAUGGGAAAAAGAAAA